UGCAUCACUCCCAGCAUUAGCACAAUGAUGCAUUGUGUUUAAGUGGCGGUGAAAAACGAUCUUGCCCCCUCAAGCUCCGACCUGUCUUUCAGGAACGAGCCCUCCCCAGGAGAGUCAUGGUCGAAGCUCCCAGAGCCAAAGCCGCUCUCGCUCCCACGAGCCAGAAGCGCAACUCCUUCACCAGCGGCGCUCGCAGGUCAUCGGCGACAGCUACAACCCCGCAGAGCUUCGGGGAAAAGGAGCACAGUUCGUGAAAUCCCCCAAGGGAACCAACAAAGGAGGAAAUGGCGGCAGCGGUGGGGGCAAAUCCACUAAAUGUCACGCUUCCCACCCUCCCCUGCAAAGCAUGCUGCACAGUGGCAGCGCAGCCACCCACGGGGGUCAAGAUGUAUACCACUUACCGCACCAGGUCCAAGCCUCCGGCCACCAUCAGCACCCUCUACAAUACAGUCACAGCAAACGCGUCAGAGCCAAAGCCCGUGAGGCGCUGUCCCCGACCAAAACGCCUCUCUCCGCACAGCCUCACCCCCAGGGGCCACCCACUCUGCCCUCUGUGCUGCCGGGCCUGGAGAGAGAGCAGGUGUCCGGCCCCCCCGGCAGCCCCGGUUUCGUGGUUCCUGUGGUCCAGCGCCACGAGCACCACCAUCACCAUGAACACCACCACCACCACCACUACCACCAUUACCACCAGACAUGACCACCUCCGCUUACGUCUAGCGUCCAGGACCAAGCACCACUCCCAGUCGAGGAUCUUCGUAUUCGCCUCAUGCAAGCUAUACAGAUUAUAUCCUGAUAUGUAUGGAGGAGUUUUCGAUUGCUCUCGUGGACCUGAAGGUUUUCUGAAGUUCUUGUGUCUCCUAAAUGCUGUGUGGCGCAGCUUAGAAUUAAA